AUGUUCCGACGCAGCGCCGCGGCAGCGCCGGGCCUCAGAUGCGCGAUACGCGGCUCGCGAUUCAGCACGCUGAGCGCCGCGCUGCAUCCCGCACGCGAUACACCGCGCUUCGCCAAGGUGAAGCGCUGGCGUCCCGAGCCGCGGCAGAUGCACGUCUCGCGCUCGGCCGCCGCGACGUCGCACGCGCUCGAGGUGGGCGUCGCACCGGCCGUCGAGAAGGACCACGAGAUGCUGCGUGACCUCCUCGACAAGCCGCGGCUCAAUACGACUCAGGACACGGCGGGGCUGCCGACCGGCCUGUUUAAAAUCGAAGCGCUUCGCGAGCCGGAAGCUUUCAUGACGCUGGCGCAAAAAACGCUCGUGCGUGCGCAGCUUCUUGUGCAGCGCAUCGCACGCGCGGGCGAGCCGGGCGCGCCGCGCGCCGAGCUCGCGCGCGUCGUCAACAACCUCGACCGCCUGAGCGACCUGCUCUGCGGCGUGAUCGAUAUGGCGGAACUCGUCCGCCACGCACACCCCGAGCCGGCGUGGGCCGAGGCGUCCAACGCGGCGUACGAGUACCUGUGCAACUUUAUGAACAUCCUCAACACACACACCGGCCUGUACUAUGCGCUGAAGCACGCCAUGGACGACCCCGAGAUCUGGAAGUCGCUCUCGGAAGAAGCGCAGGCAGUCGCAACGAUCUUUUUGCGCGACUUUGAAAAGUCGGGCAUCCACCUCCCGCCACAGGAGCGCGAGCGCUUCGUCGAGCUCAGCGAUGAGAUCCUCGUGCUGGGCCGCGCAUUCCUGCAGGGUAUCGCGUCGGGAAGCGGCGACGACGUGAGCGACUUUCCGAUCGACCUGCUCCAGGGCAUGGACGCCAACAUGCUCACGAUGCUGCGUGCACAGAGCGGAUUCAUGCGCGCCUCGGACACGAUCCCGGUCGUGCCGGGGUCCUGGGAACUGCACUGCAUCAGCAAGUACGCGCCAGACGAGCGCGCACGCCGCCUCGCCUACCUCAUUUCGUACACCGGCCGCCACGGGCCGGUCGAUGUGCUGGAGCGCCUCUUGCGCGCGCGCCACGAGCUGGCGGUGCUCACCGGCAAGGGCUCGUUUGCGGAAAUGACGCUCGUUGACAAGAUGGCGGGCACGCCGAGCAACGUGCGCAACUUUUUAAACAUCACCGCCGAGGCCCAGCGGCCCACCGCCCAGGCGCUGCUGGACGAGCUGCGUACGCUCAAGCGGGGCUCGGCAAGCGGGCCGCUGCCGACCUUUCAGGCGUGGGACCGCGAGUACUUCUCGGAAGAGUACGCCCAAAAGAACCGGCCGGACCACCUCCUGCCCUUGUCGCCCUACCUGUCGCUGGGCAGCGUGUUUACUGGCCUCUCGCGCCUGUUUUACCUGCUUUACGGCGUCCACUUCCGCGCCGCACCGGUGCAGCCGGGCGAGGUCUGGAGCCCGGACGUGCUGAAGCUCGAGGUGGUCGACGAGACGGAGGGCGGCGUGAUCGGCACGAUCUACUGCGACCUGUACACGCGUGCGGGUAAGCCGCCGAGCGCCGCGCACUACACAGUGCGCUGCUCGCGUCGUGUGGACGCCGACGAUGUCGAGAACGACAUGCGGUACGGCCACUCGGACGACCUGCCCCGGGACGUGGACCUCUCGAAUUUGCUGGACGUCGAAGGCGUCGCAUCGCCGGGCCGCGCGGGACGCUUCCAGCUCCCGGUCGUGGUGCUCAUGACCGACUUCCAGUGGCCCUCGGCAGCGCACGGCGGCGUGAGCCUCCUGCGCUGGCACGAGGUCGAGACGCUCUUUCACGAAAUGGGCCACGCUAUCCAUUCCAUGAUCGGGCGCACCGAGUUCCACAACGUCUCGGGCACGCGCUGUGCGACCGACUUUGUCGAACUCCCGUCGAUCCUGAUGGAGCACUUUCUGACCGAUCCUGCCGUGAUUGGCCUCACUGCACACCACCAAAAGACGGGCGCGCCGCUGCCGUACCGGCAGCUUGAGGCCCAUCUGCAGACGCAGCGCAAGCUCGAUGCACUCGACGCGCAGCAGCAGAUCCUCCUCGCGCAGCUCGACCAGGCCUACCACGCCGAAGCUGCCGGCACGCCGGGCUUCUCGACCACGGCCGAGAUGCAGGCGGUGCAAAACCAGAUUGGCCUCUUUCCGUUCGUGCAGGACUCGACAUGGCAGGGGCAGUUUGGUCACCUGUUUGGCUACGGCGCAACGUACUACAGCUACCUGUUCGACCGCGCAAUCGCGGCGCGCGUCUGGAACAAGGUCUUCCAGCAGAAUCCGCUCUCACGUGAGGCGGGCGAGACGUUUAAAAAGGACGUCCUGCAGCACGGCGGCGGAAAGAAUCCCUGGUCGAUGCUCUCCACCGUCCUGCGCGACGACCAAAUCGCAGCGGGCGAUUUGCAUGCUAUGCAGACCAUCGGCCGCUGGGGAUUGGGCCAUUCUUCGGCGUAA